AUGACAUAUCAAAGCGAUUCGGAGGACGAUUUAUUCGUCCAUAGUAUGACCUUAAAAAAAGCGCAAGCAUUGAUAGAUAAUCCUCGUUCUCACCAAGUUAUUACCCUUGCAAGUUGUGGUAAAAAAGUUGGGGUCUGUGAAGUUGGAGACCCAGAAGGUUAUCCCGUGCUUUGGCUUACAGGAAACAUGGGUCCAGCAAUGUCAAUCCUUUUAUAUCAUAAUCUUGCAAAACGACAUCAUAUUCGUCUAAUUUCGGUAGAUAGACCUGGCUAUAAUGAUAGUGACGAUAUUUAUUCACGAUCUGGUGUUCCAGACUUAUUUGAAUUUGCUGAUAUGAUCAACGAAUUGACUUUGAUAUUAAGAAUGUGGCAAUUUGGUAUGGCUACUUUUUCACUAGGCGCCGUUUACGGUUUGGCUUAUUCACUUAAUUUCCCUGAGAGAAUUAAAGGUCCGAUAUUUACGAUUAGUCCUUGGGUGUCAACUAGUACACCAGGACAUUUACUUUAUUAUAAAGGCAUCGCAAAAUUUGCUCCAAAUUUCUUAAUCCGUACUACAUUAAGCACCCUACCACACAUGACCAACUUUUUUAGUCGUAGUUAUAUACACAAAAAGAUUUAUCAAAAUGGUUUAUGGAAUUUACAAAAUCGUACUGGUGCACAUAUUGAUGCUAUGGUAGCAUUAGAAAAAGUUGAUUGGGGUUAUAAAUAUGAAGAUACUACACAUCCGAUUCAAGCUUAUGUAGGUGAAGAAGAUGAAAAUGUUCCGUUACAAGCUUGGACGUAUAUGAGUAAUAGAAUGGAUAAUUUAAAAUUAAACGUUGUUAAAGAUGGUGGUCAUUAUUUGUUAUAUAGAAUGGAUUUCAUGGAAGAGUUAUUUACAACAAUCGAGUCCACUGUCAAUUCAUAA